AUGAAGUCUUUCUACAUCAUCAUCAUCGCCUCGGCAUUUUUGGCGCUCAUUGCUGCUGUCCCCCUCCGCGGCGACGCCAAUUACCUCAUCAACACUCUCAGUCCCACGUCAAGCACCUCCGCACUGCUCUCCGCCCUGGCUGCAGGGGUUGCCGAGAACCCUCCCGUUGGCUCCGUGUCUACGACCAAGACUCCCCGUGCAAUUAUCGAUGUGUGCGGAGGCUGCAUGUUGCCUCCCUUCCCGGCUGGAAUCCACUGCGCGAUCCAGUGUAACGGGUCCCCGCACCGUCACGGUGUUAACUCUCUCCCCGUCGACCCCGUCGACGCGACUACCUCCACGGUUCGGCAAGGAGCAGACGCCGCAGAUGUUGAUCUCGAUGAGAGACCUCCCACGCCCCCGCUGCCAUCUGACCUCGAGCUGGACGGGGGUAUCAGCACCGCCAUCGAGUCAUCUAACCCCUCUGCGCUCGAGCAGGGCGCUACUGCUGGACUUCUCGACACAGUCUUUGGUAGCUGCCGCUGGCCUAUGAAUUUCUUUUUUGGUUGCGAACUGGAUGAAAACGAGUAA